AUGGAACCAUCAAAGGUUUCAAACAUGGUGUGGACCCGAGAGCAAGGAGAAGCCAGUGGUCCGAAAAAGCCAACUCUCAAGCAUGGGGGGCAAGAAAGUAAUGCUGAAGCUUCUCCCCAGUCGACUGCCCAACCAAAGGGUUCAGAACAGGAAGACCUGAUCAAAGAUGCUUCCCCAUCUCCACAGAGAUCUACAACAUUUGGCGAAAGUGAUGUUGAAGAUACUACCCAAUCGAUUGUAAAAAUAAUGGAUAAAGAGAAGCAUUUUCAGUCACAACCCAUUAACGUCGAGACAGAUGAACACGAAAACAGUAUCGUGGUUCUUAGAACACCUGACGAUGCCUCAAUAAGGCAUCUGAGACCACUAUAUAUUAAACUGCAUAUGAAUGGCCAGCCUGUCUCAAAAGUGUUGGUCGACAAUGGAGCAGUGGUCAAUAUUUUACCUUUUAGAAUGUUGAAAGUCCUGAACAAAACCAAUGACGAUUUGAUCCCAACAGAAGUUAUAGUCGGCAAUUUCGCUGGGGGAUGUUCUCCUGCUAAGGGGGUCAUAUCUUUGCAACUGCAAAUUGGGACUAGGAGGAUGCAUGCAACGUUUUUUGCUUUGAUCUUUCUGAAGCGGAGGAAGCAGCAAGAAUGGAGAAACCUAUUAGACACAGGAAGUGAAGAGUUAGCUACUGUUAAAGCCACUUUUAAGAGCCCACUGAACAUGAAAGAGUUAGGUUUAGCAGCCUUGAAACCAGCACCGGCUAAGCUAGACGACGAUAGGGCCCAGGUGAAGGAUCCCACGGAAGAGGCACCUAGGAGAAUGAAGGAUGACGUCCUUCCUCAAGUCAAGAAAGAAAUGGAACGUUUAUUUGAGGCAAAGUUCAUUAGACCGGUCAACUAUGCUGAAUGGGUCUCAAAUGUUGUCCCAGUAUUAAAGAAGAAUGGGAAAGUUAGAGUUUGCGUCGAUUUCAGAGAUCUUAAUACCGCAUCACCAAAGGAUGAAUAUCCAAUGCAUGUUGCUGACUUGCUAGUCGAUGCAACGGUAGGUUAUCAAAUGCUGUCCUUCAUGGACGUUUAUAUAGAUGAUGUUGUUGUGAAGUCGAAUUCAGUUGAUGAGCACUUACAUCAUCUUGAACAGACUCUGGAAAGGAUGAGGCGUUACAAUUUAAAAAUCAAUCCCUUAAAAUGUGUGUUUGGUGUUACAGCAGGAAACUUUUUGGGAUUCUUAAUGCAUCAAAAAGGGAUCGAGAUUGAUAAAACUAAGGCUGAUGCUGUUUUGAAAGCACAAGCCCCGACCAAUAAGGAAGAGCUCCAACAGUUCUUGGGAAAGAUUAAUUUCCUUCGAAGGUUCAUUGCCAAUCUAUCUAGAAAAACAAUGGCAUUCUCCCCGUUGUUGAAAUUGAAGUCAGAACAGGAUUUCAGAUGGGAACAAAAGCAUCAGAAAGCUUUUGAUAUUUUAAAACAAUCAUUGAGAAUGGAAUUAGCCGGCCAUCGGAGCCGGAUUCUUUUCCGUGAUGUCGUGCGUUGUCGUGCUCGUCCAAGAACUGAUUUUCCCGGCCGAGAGAUCCUCUUUGCCGAAGUCACAGCUAUAUACUCCUUAGGUAGGGUUUAA